AUGGCGUCUAAGAAAAAGGAUUUAAGCCAGCGUUUUAUGCUGUUUUUGGUUAUAUUUUUUAAUUUAACAGGGGUUUUGUGUUUCAGUGACUUGUCGUUUGUGACCGAGCCCCGUGACGUGACAGCAGUGCGGGGCGCUCGAGUCGUCCUGGACUGCCAGGCCGUUGGAGAACCUCCCGUCGACAUCAGGUGGCUGCGGAACCGAGUCCGGGUUCUAGAUGGGGAGCGGGUCCAAGUCCUGUCCAAUGGAUCGCUGCUCAUCUCUAGUGUGAGUGGGGGAAGAGAGGUGAGGGAGGAGGCCUCGGAUGAAGCUGUUUACCAUUGCAUGGCGAAGAACAAAUACGGAGCUAUCCUCAGCCAAAGAGCACAGCUUACAAUCGCACGCAUCCCGUCCUUCGUGGUACAGCCACAGCCUCUGGUGGUGAGGCAGGGAGAAGUAGCCCGAUUCACCUGUGAUGUCACAUCCAACCCCCUCGCCAGCAUCACCUGGCAGCUGAACCAAAGAGUCCUACCGGUCCAAUCAGAAAGAAUCACAGUGCUACCCAAUGGAGUGCUGCAAAUCAGCGAUGUCAAAGAUAAGGAUGCUGGGAAAUACCGUUGUCUAGCAACCAACCUGGCGGGUCAAGUUGCGAGUGAGGAGGCCAGUCUGUCUGUCGAAUCAGCCCCAGGUCUGACAGCGUCUGCACGUCCUGAGAUUGUGGUGGCGCCACAGAACCACUCGGUGGCCCAGCGUGGCACCGCGGUGCUGGAGUGCGUCGCCCGGGGCAACCCCCGGCCCUUGGUGUCUUGGAGCCGAGCGGACGGGAAGCCAAUCGACGUGUCCAACACUCGCGUGUUGGGCGGCGGCAACCUGCUCAUCGCCAACGUCCAGCCGCACCACGGCGCCCUCUACCUGUGCAGAGCCACCACGCCGCGCACGCGCAACUACACCUCUGUAGUGGCCAACCUCACUGUCCUGGCACCCCCGACCCUGCUGGAGCGCCCCGAGAGCCAGACGCACCCUCGUGCUGGCACUGCCCGCUUCAGCUGCCAGACACAGGCCGUGCCCCCUCCGCACAUCACCUGGCUCAAGAAUGGGCAGCAGCUGCACUCCAAUGGCAGGAUCAAGGUGUACACCAGUAAACUGGUGAUCACCCAGAUCAUGCCGGAGGAUGACGGCAUGUACCAGUGUGUGGCGGAGAACUCCCAGGGUGCCGUGCAGUGGGGGGCGCGGCUCUCCGUGGUGAUGUCGGAGGAGCGGCCCAGCGCCCCGCGGAAUGUGCGCGCCGAGACCAUCUCCAGCUCAGCUAUUCUGCUGGCCUGGGAGCGGCCCAGUUACAACGCUCACAAAGUCAUCGCCUACUCGGUGCAUUACACCAAAGCAGAGGGUCUGAAUAACGAGGAAUACCAGGCGGUGAUCGGGAACGACACAACGAGCUACAUCGUGGACGGUCUGGAGGCGGCGUGCAACUACAGCUUCUACGUGGUGGCCUACAUGCCCCUCGGGGCCAGCCGCAGCUCCUCACCCCUCACACAGGUCACCCUCGAAGACGUUCCUCUGCGCACUCCGGAGUUAAGUCUCAGCAGCUUGAGCCCCACGGACAUCCUGGUAUCGUGGCAACGCCUGCCAGUGCGAUUGAGUCGCGGGCGUAUCCGCGGUUACAAGCUGAGCGUGCGCACGGCCACCGAGGCCAACAUGACCACGCUGGAACUUCCUGGAGAGGCGGAGCAUCACCUGCUGCAGGGUCUCCAGUCAGACACCAUCUACCUGCUGCGCAUCACCGCCUCCACCAGAGUGGGCUGGAGCCAGCCCUCAGCCUGGACAUCCCACCGCACCCCCAAGACCUCCAGCUCCACAGUUCCUUUGGCCCCGGUGCUCCAGCUGCAGCCCAUAAACUGCACCUCCAUCUCAGUGCGUUGGCACCCUUCGCCGGGUGGAGCGGCCGCCCUGGGUUACCGCCUCUACUACCAUGAGGAGGGCCAGGCGGAGGGUAGCAGUCACCAGCUCCCUGCUGAUGACCUGGAGUACACAGUCACCGGCCUAGGGCCAAGAGAGAAGUACCAUGUGAAGCUGCUAGCCUUCGGUCAGAAUGGAGAUGGCUACCAUGCCGACCAGACCGUUAGCACUCCAGGAUGCCCAUCUGCCCCAACCCGACGUGUGGCAACUCUCCCCUCACCUGACCACCUGACGUCGCAAUCCCACAAUGCCUCAGCUGUGCUCUUGCGUUGGAGACGUCCGGCGUUUGCGGUGGGCAGACUGCUUAACUACACCAUCCGCUACAACCCUGUGGGGCCCCAGAAUGCAUCCACCAUACACUACACCCACACUACUAACCAGAGUGUUCUGGUGCCUGGCUUGAGCCCCAACACGCGUUAUGAAUUCUCUGUGCGUCUGAAUCUGGAUCUUCUGUCGAGUGGCUGGAGUGCCUCUGUCUACCACAGGACACCACCUGAAGCUCCGCAGCUUCCCCCGGCGUCUGUGCGAGCGCUGCUGAUCGAGGAGCGUACAGCCCUGGUGUCGUGGCGAGAGCCGGAGCAGCCGGGGGUAGUGGUGGCCCAUUACACCAUCCUCUACGCUACACACACCUCCUGGCUCGCCGGAGAGUGGCAGAUACUGCAGAGAGAAGGCUCCACCACCAUGGCCCUGCUGGAGAACCUGGAGCCGGGCGGCUUCUACGUCAUCAAGAUGUCGGCGUCCAAUCAGGCAGGAGACGGGCCCUUCUCCCCCGCGCUGCAACUCUCCAUGCAGGCCGGCCGCACCAAGAACCCUCGACACACACACGGCAUCUCCCAAACCAUAGCUGUGUCUGGCGGGGUGUUCAGCGUGGACCAGGGCUCCGUGACGGGUGUGGUGAGCGGAGUGUGUAUCGCACUGGCCUGCAUCCUCGUGUGUGUGCUCAUCCUCAUCAGCAAGAGCAGGACCAGGAAGGUUGUGAUCUCUAAGCCUGCUGCUGGUGGACACUCUGACUCCUCUGUGGUCUCCCUGGGUGAUGGAGCGCCAGAGAGUCUGGAGGUUCUGGUGCCCAUGAUUGACCACCAUUUCAUCGACUCAAAGGGUGGGACUAAUUUGGUGAUAAACGCAGCUGGCCCCAUCAUGGCUGCCAGCCAGAGCAGGAGUAAGACCUGGAGCCUCUUCAAGACAGAGGAGAAACAUCAGCCCAGCAGAGAGAGGUCGAUGCUGCGUGGCUGUGUGUACGAGGCGGGGAAGACCCUACUGAGGUACGAGGAAGAGCUCACAGUGGCCAGUCAGCAGCCAGCGUGCCUGCGUCCCCACUCCUCCACCCGACAGGCGGACGCAGAGACCAGCGACGGUAGUGGGGGGACAGGUGACUCAGGAAACUACUCCCACGACGAAGAGAGCAGUGGGAGCGACGACAGCUCCCCGACGUCAGAGGAAGGAGCAGGGGAGCCAGACGGUCCCGUGUCAGGGGGGACAAGCCUGUCACUUUCAGAUGAGAUGUUCACCCCUGAGCCGGCGGCAGACCACAUGUGUGCUGUAGCUCUAUCAGAUCAAAAAUGUCCUGUUACCCUGCCGCCACAUGAGUCAGGGGAGGAGAAGGGUGGUGUGCCUUUAUCAGGGGAGAUGUGUGUGGUGUCUGUGUCAGAUGGGAGGGCUGCAGUGUCUCUUGGUCACACUGAGUGUGCGACCAGUUCCUCUCUUCCGGUCCAUUUGCACAGUGGCGCUUUCUCAUCCCCAGCUCAACACUGCUAG